AGCUCCAACACUUCUGAUUACAUGUGACCAAGUGGUGGUCUAUAAGGGUAUGAUCAGGGAGAAACAGACCAGCAAACAAGAAGCCCGGCACUUCAUUGAAGAUUACACAAAUGGAAGGGCAGCAACUGUAAGUUCUGUUCUGGUUACAAACUUGAAAACAGGGGUUAAAAGCGGAAAGUGGGAUAAAGUAGAGAUUUAUUUCCAUGAAAUACCAGAAGAUGUCAUGGAUAAGCUGAUUGAGGAAGGGGUACUGCUUUAUGUAGCCGGUGGCCUGCUGAUUGAACAUCCCUUACUCCAGCCUUAUGUUCAUCAAGUGGCGGGAGCAAUUGAUAGUGUCAUGGGGCUUCCUAAAGCACUAACACAAAGUCUGAUGAAAGAGGUUCUGUAGAAACAUUAACAGAUACGGAGUAGUUUCCAUAAUGUUGUAUUUAAUUAAUAGUGGCAUGUUAUUAAUUAAAUCUAGAAUGCUUUCCUAAUUUGAUAUUUUCACUAAUUCCACUAGUGAUGUGAAUUGUGGAAAUUCAAUCUAAAUAGAAUUUAAAUAGUUGACUUGGCAAAA